AUGAACGGAGGCGGGUUUGGUUUUAGCGGAUUUAGUAGUAUAAAUGGGGGAUUUGGAAGAUUAUCUAAUGAUAAGGGUUUUGGGUUCAGUAAUUAUAACGUGAACAGUUCUUCAAUUAUGGAGUUUCCUUCUUCUCUGCCAAGAGUUUCUUUUUCUGACCAAAAUCAACCCAUGAAGUCUUCCCUGCCAAGAGUUUCUGCUUCUGAUCAAGAACAACCCAGAACUUCUUUCCUGCCAAGAUUUUCUCUUUCUGACCAAGAACAACCCGGGAGUUCUUCUUCUUCUUCUUCUGAUGAUGAUGAUGAUGAGCAAGAAACACCUUCUCCCGAGAAGAAGAAGAGGAGGAGGAGAAGAAGGAGGAAAUUGGAGUGGCAUCCGGUGAAAUCCGAAGCAGAGUUUUGCCCAGACGCCAUUGCUGAGUACCUCAACACGCCAUUGUCAAAGCGGAGGAAAUCUGUCAAGUUGAGUUUGAGGGUAAAGAAGCAUCUUUUGUAUAUUGGCUGGGAAGUUCGCUUUGGGCAUACUCAAACUGGAGCAAGAAUGUGCUACAUUUCGCCCGAUGGGAAAACUUAUAUGUCUCUCACCCAAGUUUGCUCUGAUAUUACAGAUUCUCUCCCUGCUAUUGAGCCGCCAUUAAUGGCGAACCCACAAGAAUGCAAGGAGUUAGCAGUGUAUGUGCCUCCUCCUCAAGCGGAUUCUCAAGCCAUUUCUGACUAUAUAUCUUUCUGCGACCGGAAAAUCUCUUCUGAUUCCAGAGAAAAAACAGAGGCCAAAGUUAAAUCCAAGGAGCAUUUACUCAGCAGUGGAUGGGAAUUCUUUUAUGCCCACAAGAAAAACAAGAGAGAACUCCGCUAUAAAGCUCCCUGUGGGAAAGUGUUUUACUCCCUUCUUACAGCCUGCAAAUGGUUUGCAGAAGCCAAUGGAGAUUAUCUUCCCAGAGAAGACAGUGAAUCUAGAGGUGUUACUGAUCAAUCUGAAACUGAUAAUGUUGAGGUUCUUGGUACUGUUAGUCAGAUGGGAAAGCCUGGAUUUCUUGAAUCCAGGAGUAGUUCAAUUACUGCCCAGGAUGUUGAAGAUUCUGAUCAGUCAGGAAUGCUGGUUAAAGAUUCUCAUCAAUCAAGAAUGCUGGUUAAAGAGUCUGAUCAGUCAAGAAUGUUGGUUAAAGAUUCUGAGGAAUCAAGAAUGCUGGUUAAAGAUUCUGAUCAAUCAAGAAUGCUGGUUAAAGAUUCUGAUCUGCCAAUAAAGCAAAGACUGUCUUUCUCGACGAAACGAAAUAUUCUGUCAGGUUUGAUAGACAGUAAUGUGGUUCUGCCUUGGGCAAAGGUGCAGUACCGAAAGAAGGAUGGGUGUGUAUUGAAAGAUGGGAUGAUCACUCGAGAAGGGAUACUAUGCAAUUGCUGCCAGCAAGUUUAUGGGCUUAGUAACUUUGAAGCUCAUGCAAAUAGCACAUAUCACAGGCCUUCUUCAUAUAUAUUCUUGGAAGAUGGCAGGUCGUUGUUCGACUGCCAAAUGGAGAUGAAAAGCAAAAGUGAUGUGAAAGUCCCCAAAACAAAGGGCUGCAACAAGCAGAGGAGUCCUAAGUUGCCAACCAUACAUGAUGACAUAUGUUCUAUCUGUCUGGAUUAUGGUGAAUUGCUUCUGUGUGAUGGGUGCCCCUCUUCAUUUCAUGCUAGUUGCCUUGGUCUAAAGGAGUUACCACCUGGGGAUUGGUUUUGCCCUUCAUGCUGUUGUGGAAUCUGUCACACAAACCAAUUUGAUAGAAACAAAAACCAAAUCUCAGAUAAGACUAUCAUGUUGGGUGUCUCAAAAGCAACUGUCUCCUUAAACUGGACUGCUUUCCUGAAAGGGAAUGGUUCUGCAACUACAGAUGUGAGCAGCCUCUGCCACAUUUUCGAGAGGCAAGGUGUUGGACUUGGCCCUUCAGCCACUGGACCCGACAAUCUCCAUAGCCACCUAGUGCUGGACUUGAUAUUUUUGGGUCUUCGUCGGGUUCUGGGAAAACGAGUUCCACUAGGAUAUAAUGACCUUUCUUGGACAUUGUUGAAGGCCACAAAGCAAAAUGAUUCGAAAGAGAAUCAUGGCAGGCUUAGGGCGGCGCUUGGUGUGAUGCAUGAGUGCUUUGCAUCUCUUGAGGAAAGUGGAACCAACAGGGAUCUUGUGGAAGAUAUAAUUUUUAGUCAAUGGUCUGAUCUGAACCGUUUGAAUUUUCAAGGAUUCUACACUGCAAUCUUGGAGAGGAAUGAUGAAAUUGUAACAGUGGCUACAUUAAGGGUUCAUGGAGAAAAAGUGGCUGAGAUCCCACUUAUUGCCACACUGUUUAAACACAGGAAACUGGGAAUGUGUCGCGCCCUGAUGAAUCAGCUAGAGAAGGUAUGCACAUUCAAUUCUGUCCUGCCGUCGUUUCCAUUGCCAUUUUUCUCGAGAUUCGAUUGUCAUGAAGAUCUUCUGCUUCUUGUUGUGCAGAAACUUGUAGAACUGGGAGUGCAGAGGCUAGUUCUGCCUGCACUUCCGGAUGCAAUGAACACAUGGACUGGCUCGUUCGGGUUCUCAGUGAUGAGCAAAACCGAGAGACAGGACUUCCUAGACAACACAUUCCUCAACUUCAAUGGCACAAUCAUGUGCCAGAAGCCGCUGCUGCUGCAAUCGCAAAGUCUUCGUGCAGAAGAAGACGACGUGGAUGGUAAUAACAUCCCACCAGCUUCUGAAGCAUUCCUGCCUGAUGAAGAAAUUGAACUUUCUGGUCUUUUUUAUCUACAACAACAGGGGGGUUUCUUUAGUGAUUUUGAUGAGGUGAAAGGUGACAUUUAG